GCUUUACCCAAACUAAGCUUCCGCAGCAAACAUGCUUGGGAGGAUAGCGUCGAAGAAGAUCAAACGACAAAAGAAAAGGAAGUCGAACCAUCUUCAAAACAGGAAGAUGUUAAGGAGGACACUCCAGCCGCGGCAGCAGAAGAAGAGACAAAAACAGUUGAUGUCAAAGUAGAAGCAAAGAAAGAAGAGGAACGGGAUCAACCAAAAGAAGAGACUGCUAAAGAAGAAACGAAAGAAGAUGCAUCAAAGAAGGAGGUGGAAGAUAAGAAAGGAAUGGCUUUGCCCAAACUUAGCUUCCGUGCCAAACAUGCCUGGGAUAGUGUCGAUGAUGAAGCUACAUCUGAAACAGUUGAAGACGUAAAAGAGGAAGUAAAAGAACCGGCCAAAGACGAUGUGGUAGAGGAAACACAAGAAAAGUCUAACGAAGAAGCAAAAGCAGAAGAGAAACCUGAAGAACCAAAGGCAGAAGAAAACGCUGAAGAAUCAAAGACAGAUGAAGUAACGGAAGAACCAAAGACAGAUGAAGUAACAGAAGAACCAAAGGCUGAUGAAGCAACAGAAGAACCAAAGCCGGCCGAAGUCACAGAAGAACCAAAGGCGGAUGAAGCCACAGAAGAAACAAAGGUAGAUGAAGCCACAGAAGAACCAAAGGCGGAUGAAGUAACAGAAGAUUUAAAACCGGCCGAAGUUACAGAAGAACCGAAGGCGGA